AUGAGGAAGAGUGCCAUUUUGAAAGGCAGAGAGGUUCCAAGUCGGUUGACUCGUGCUCGAGCUGCUGCUUUAAGUGCAACUGGACAGUUGCCACCAUUGAAGAAGGUAGCAGAAGAAAGUCAGAAGAAUCCUCUAAGAGCCAAUUCAAAAAGAGCAGUUUCAGAUGAUACGUAUCUUCCGCAUAAGAAGAGGGCAAUUCUUCAUGAUGUCACUAACAUUCGCUGCGAAGAAAGUAAUAGAAGCUGUUUAAAUCCAACUGAAACUCAGGCUAAGAAAAGAAAGCUGACUAAAUCAGCUCAACCCGAUGUUUCGAAGGAGGUUCCAUCAGUUGCUAUUGCUGCUGACUCAAAACAGAUGAAAUUACGAGAAAUGCGGCUUAGAUCAUCAGAAGAUGUCAUGUGUUCGGUUAAGUUGGAAGACAAUGAACCAAUUAGGUUGACUGCCGAUCCUUGUUGUACAAAUAACAAUCUGCUUCACAAUCAGACAUCUCGAGUAUCUUCUCAGCUUUCUGUUUCUGAAAAGAAAGCUUCACAAACUGUUGCGGCCAAGAAAGCUAACAUUUCUGAACUUUUGGAUGUGUCAAAGCAUCCAGAUGUCGCUGACAUAGAUGCUGAUUUUGAAGAUCCUCAACUUUGCAGCCUCUAUGCUGCUGAUAUAUACGACCACAUGCGUGUUGCUGAGCUGUCGAGAAGGCCUAAUCCUAAUUUAAUGGAAACAGUACAGCGAGAUAUCACUCCUAGCAUGCGCGGGAUACUGGUCGAUUGGCUUGUAGAGGUUUCUGAAGGAUACAAAUUGCAAGCAAACACUCUUUACCUUGCUGUAUAUCUCAUGGAUUGGUUUCUCUCAAAAAGUUUCAUUGAAAGACAGAAACUUCAGUUGCUCGGCAUCACUUGUAUGCUAAUUGCCUCAAAGUAUGAAGAAAUUAACGCCCCCCAUGUUGAAGACUUCUGCUUCAUCACAGACAACACAUACACAAAAGAGCAGGUACUACAGAUGGAGUCUCUAGUGUUGAAGUCCUUGGCGUAUCAACUAUUUGCUCCUACUACAAAAACUUUUCUCAGGAGGUUUCUUCGAGCCGCACAAGCUUCUUACAAGAGACCAAGCAUUGAGUUGGAGUACUUGGCGAAUUACCUGGCAGAACUAACACUGAUGAGCUAUAGUUUCUUAAAUUUCCUUCCUUCUAUGAUUGCUGCAUCUGCAGUGUUUCUCGCACGAUGGACAUUAGAUCAGUCAAACAACCCAUGGAAUCCAACUCUCGAACACUAUGCUUCUUACAAAGCAUCAGAUUUGAAAGACGCGGUUCUUGCAUUACAAGAUCUACAACUGAAUAGCAAUGAUUGUCCUUUAACCUCGAUCCGCACUAAGUACACGCAAGACAAGCUGAAAUGUGUAGCAACUUUGUCUUCGCCGAAAUUGCUUGAAACAAUGUUUUCAAGAUGA